GCUUCGGUCCAACUUCUCUUUUCUCAAGACUAAGAAAGAAUUAGCAUGACCAUCACCUUACUGAACACAGAAUCACUCUUCUCCUGAACCACGUAAGAUUUUUGCAUCAGAAUUUUUUGGACUUGUUUCAUCUUCUUUCAGAAUAAUGGAUUCUGAAUUAGUACAUAGUGUAGUUGGAAGCUAUCUUAAACCUCCAGAAAGAGUGUUUGCUCCACCAUUCACCCAGAAUGAAUCAUCUCAGAGUUGCUACCCUCUGAACUUAGAAGUUAUCUCUCCUAAAAUGCUUCAGAGUCCAAAUAGCCAAGCUCUUAUUUUAGCCUUAAAAAGUCUUCAGGAAAAGAUUCGUCGUUUAGAGCUAGAGAGAACACAAGCUGAAGAUAAGCUGAAUAUCCUCUCAAGAGAAGCAGCAGAAUACAAAAAGGCCUUGGAGAAUGAAACAAAUAAGAGAAAUCUGGCACAUCAGGAACUGAUAAAGCAGAAAAAGGAUAUAAGUAUACAAUUAAGUGCAGCCCAGUCUCGUUGUACUCUUCUAGAGAAACAACUAGAAUAUACAAAGAGAAUGGUUCUCAAUGUUGAGCGAGAAAAGACUGUGAUCCUGGAACAACAGGCCCAGCUUCAAAAGGAAAAAGAACAAGAUCAGAUGAAGCUACAUGCAAAACUUGAAAAGCUCAAUGUCUUAGAGAAAGAAUGCAUUAGAUUGACAACUACUCAAAAAACUGCUGAGGACAGGAUUAAAUAUCUAGAGGAAAAGCUUAGGGAAGAAGAACAUCAUCGUAAACUGUUUCAAGACAAAGCUUCUAAGCUUCAAACUGGGCUUGAAAUAAGUAAAAUUUUAAUGUCUUCAGUUUCAAAUUCAAAACUCUCCAAGGAAAAGAAGAAGUCAUCAAAGAAAACUUUAAAAAGAGGCCCAUCACAGCAAAUGUAUUCAAAGCUUAGAGCACCACCUUUUGUACCUGAAAAGCCGGCCAGUGCAGGCUAUUCUGUGAAUGCAGGUAUACAAACCCUUCUGCAGAUGAUGUAUCACCAUGGCCCACAUCAUCAGAAACCUGUUCAGGUGUUUGAGCCAAGACGCCUCCACAAGCCUGCCAGAACAGCUUCCCAGGGUAAAACUGUACCUUGUGGCUCAGGAAAGUCCAUUUCCAUUUGUGACAAUUUGUCCGAAAUUUUAAUGGCGAUGGAAGAUGAGCUGGACCAAAUGAAUAUGGAACGUGAACUACUGAAACAAAUGAAGGAAUCUCAAAGUCAUUCAGUCUGUGAUGAUAUAGAAUGUGAACUAGAGCAUCUAAUCAAGAAAAUGGAAAUUAAAGGAGAACAAAUCUCCAAACUGAAGAAGCAUCAAGACAGUGUAAGAAAGCUUAAGAAAAAAUUGUCUUAAUAAAAAUAUC